AUGCUGAAUCUUGGUAGAGCAAGAAUCCAAGGGAGACAAAACAGAUCCAUGUCUUUUGAAGGAUUAGAGUACGCAGAUCAGAAGAAGAACAAUGAUUACACGGGGAAGAUUGUUUUGGUUAUUUCCCUUACAGCAAUGUGCAUUUUAGUGCUCAAGCAAUCUCCAACUUUCGAUGCUCCAAGCGUGUUUUCUCUACAUGAACCUGGAGUUACACACGUUCUAGUCACUGGUGGUGCGGGCUAUAUCGGCUCACAUGCAGCUUUACGCCUUCUUAGAGAUUCAUACCGUGUAACCAUAGUGGACAAUCUAUCACGGGGCAACCUCGGUGCAGUUAAAAUAUUACAGCAGCUGUUUCCUGAACCUGGAAGGCUUCAGUUCAUUUACGCUGAUCUUGGAGAUGCACAUGCUGUUAACAAAAUAUUCUCAGAGAAUGCAUUUGACGCUGUGAUGCAUUUCGCAGCUGUUGCUUACGUUGGAGAAAGCACACAGUUUCCUCUCAAGUAUUACCACAACAUCACAUCAAACACAUUGGUGGUUCUAGAGACUAUGGCUGCUCAUGGUGUGAAGACUUUGAUAUAUUCGAGCACAUGUGCUACUUAUGGCGAGCCUGAGAAGAUGCCAAUAACAGAGGAAACUCCUCAGGUUCCUAUCAAUCCUUAUGGAAAGGCUAAGAAGAUGGCAGAAGAUAUCAUCUUGGACUUCUCCAAAAACUCCAACAUGGCUGUCAUGAUCCUCAGAUACUUCAAUGUGAUUGGGUCUGAUCCUGAGGGAAGACUAGGUGAAGCUCCAAGACCAGAACUCAGAGAGCAUGGAAGGAUCUCUGGUGCUUGCUUUGAUGCUGCACGAGGCAUCAUUCCCGGUCUACAGAUUAAAGGAACAGACUACAAGACCCUUGAUGGGACAUGUGUACGUGACUACAUUGAUGUCACAGACCUUGUUGAUGCUCAUGUUAAAGCUCUUGAAAAGGCGAAACCUAGCAGAGUUGGAAUCUUCAAUGUUGGUACUGGUAAAGGUAGCUCGGUGAAAGAGUUUGUGGAAGCGUGCAAGAAGGCCACAGGGGUUGAUAUAAAAGUUGAUUACUUAGAAAGAAGAGCAGGAGAUUACGCAGAGGUUUACAGCGAUCCAAGCAAGAUCAGAGAGGAGCUGAACUGGACAGCUAAGCACACAAAUCUUAAAGAGAGUUUGGAGACUGCAUGGAGAUGGCAAAAGCUUCAUCGCAAUGGCUAUGAAUCUUCUUCUUCUUCCUCCUUGUUCUCUGCAUACUGA